AUACGAGUUGUACUCAAAGGCAGCAUCCGCACAAACCUGCUGUCGGACACCCUGAAUGCAACAAGCUUGUCUGGAUAAAACCUAAACGCUCACUUCUUCAGGGCUGUACGCUCUGAUUUUACGGGAAUAGUAACAAAACGAGUUUUUGUUGUCAUCAUUAAUGUUAAUCUGAAUUGAACUGGUGGAAGGAAGAUGUCGACGGCUUAUAAAGACGACCAGGAGGACUGGCUGACGGUGUGUCUCAAGUACCUGCUCUUUGUUUUCAACUUUCUCUUCUGGGUGGGUGGAGCAGCUGUUUUGGGCGUAGGAGUCUGGACUCUGGUGGAGAAAAGUGACUACUUGAGUCUGCUGGCCUCCAGCACUUUUGCUGUGUCGGCAUAUAUCCUCAUCCUGGCCGGCAGCCUGGUGGUGGUUACGGGCUUCUUGGGGUGUUGUGCUGUCAUUCGGGAGCAGAAGAGCUGUCUGUCCACGUAUUUCUUCUGCCUGCUGUUUAUCUUCUUGAUUGAACUGGUGGCUGGAGUACUGGCUUAUGUCUAUUACCAGAGGCUGAGUGAGGAGCUGAAGCAGCAUCUCAACCAGACUAUGACAGAUAACUACGCCCAGCCAGGGAAGGAGGCCAUCACAUUAGCUGUGGACAGACUACAACAGGACUUCAAGUGCUGUGGCAGCAACAACUCCCAUGAUUGGAUGGUGAGUGUGUACAUUUCAUCAAAGCAGGCAGGAGACAGGGUGGUGCCUGACAGCUGCUGUAAGACCAUCACCCCUCACUGUGGCAAGAGAGACCACCCCUCCAACAUCUACAAGGUGGAGGGUGGUUGCAUCACAAAGCUGGAGCAGUUUCUGGCCGACCACCUGUUGGUCAUUGGUGCUGUGGGAAUAGGAGUGGCUUGUCUGCAGCUGGCCGGGGCUCUCUUGACAGCCUGCUUUAUCUAUCUGCUCUAUAAAGAAGAGAAAGAGAACUUCGGUGCAUUGUGAUUUAGCCCUAGAGCAACUUUGUGGUUUAAUCAACAGGAGAGACAAGGUCUGUGGCAUGGUGUUCACCAGCUGCUUGUACAAAAGGAUCAAGACGGACCCGUACUGAGCAUGCCAGGCCCCCCAACACACCAUCCUUCACAGGCAGAUGGAACAAUGACCUGCUGACACCUUAACUUCAACCUCUGAAUCUUGAACUCUGAUCUGGUGAUCUAAGCCAUGUGCACAGACACGUUCCAGGUCACCCAGAUUGCAGUCGGAAACAAAUCGUGCCAUUAACCAACCAGGUUGAUUUGUUGUUCCUCUUGUAAAGUAUACACGCGUUACAAAGUAGUUUGAUCCAGGCUCAUACAUUUCUGAUACCUGACUGAUCUCGGUCUACUGGAAUAUGUCUGUUUGCAUCAUUGCUUUGGCUUGUAUGCAUGCUUUAGUUUGAGCAGGACAAAAGAAAGGGACGAGCAUAGUCAUAAUGCAUCCCAAUCUGUUCAACUAAUGAUGAUCCAAAUUGAUUCAUCAUGUUUUCACUGUGC